GAGAGACCUUACCAACCCCCCCCCCCCAAAAAAAAAUAAAAAACCACACAAAUAUAAAGCAAGCAAGUCUCUUAUGGAAUUUUCGAACUGAUCAGCACGAAAACUCUGACUUAAUCAUAGAUUUGUAAAGUCUCCGAAUUCCAGCCCGUUUUCUUAACGUUCUCGCCAGAAUUUAUCGCUUCCGCUCUAUGGACGAGGCUUUCGACGGCGGCUGCUUUGAGUCAACUUCAUUGGAACGCGCGAGAAAAAUGGCAGCCUCCUUAGAAGUGUGCCAUGUAGCUUGCUCCGCUAACCGCGCCGGCCCCGGAGUGAUCUCUUGGGGGAGAGGAACUCUAUUGGCGUUCGGGUCCUGUCGCUCUGUCAUUCUCUAUGACCCGCAGAAAAGAAAAGUAGUGGGAACACUGAAUGGGCAUACUGGGAGAAUUAAUUGUGUUAAGUGGAUUCGCAGAAAAGAUGGAUCUUAUGAAACGGAAUUAAUAUCUGGCGGAUCAGAUAAAACUCUUAUUCUUUGGGAAAUUCAAAAUGAGAAGCUUGUGAAUGAUGUCCACCUUGAAGGUCACACUGAAGCAAUUUGUGCAUUAGAUGCUGUUUACAUGACAAUUGAAAAUGCAUUAGGAUUAAGCCUACUAAUAGCUUCUGCAGCUUCAGACUCUACUGUCAAAAUUUGGUCGAGACAAGGAACAGAAGUUAAGUGCCUUCAGACACUGAUGUUUGGAAAUGGAUUUAUUAUGGAUGUUUCAUUGUCCUUCUUGCCAGGCGAUGACAUACCAGUACUGGCUUGUGGUGGUGACGACAGCAGAAUCCACUUAUAUGUGCAACAGGCUGGAGAGUUUCAGAAAUCUUUACUACUACAUGGACAUGAGGACUGGAUAAGAGGAGUUGAAUGGGCAUUUUGUGAUGGAGAUCUGUAUUUGGCAAGCUGUGCUCAAGAUUGUCUGAUAAGAAUCUGGAAGAUGCAUGCAACUUCACUGUUUGGGGAAAUCCAAGAUGAGGACACUAUUAGGUUGAAAGAGAAUGUUUUCACCAUAAAAAAUAGCAAUGGUGCAGAUAAAUCCUUUGCAGUUACCUUGGAUUCAGUGCUAGCUGGCCAUGAAAACUGGGUAUAUGGAGUUCAUUGGCAGCCACCAUAUUUCAAAGAUGGCAGGAUGGUACAGCCAAUGAGGUUACUAUCUGCUUCAAUGGACAAAACGGUGAUCCUUUGGUCUCCAGAUGAUGAAUCUGGAGUGUGGUUGGAACAGGUCCGGAUAGGAGAAGUGGGAGGAAAUACACUUGGAUUUUUUGAUUGUCAGUUCAGCCCGGAUGGAUCAAUGAUUCUUGCUCAUGCUUUUCAUGGAGCCCUUCAUCUUUGGAAACAGACUUCUUCAAACAAGAGUGAAUGGACUCCAGAAGUGAUGAUUUCAGGACAUUUUAAUUGUGUCCAAGAUGUGAAGUGGGAUUCAAAGGGAGACUUUAUAAUUUCUGUUGGUUCUGACCAAACCACAAGAAUAUUUGCUCCUUGGAAAAGAGAGGACAACCCAGAGGUGACAUGGCAUGAAAUAGCAAGACCCCAAGUCCAUGGGUAUGACAUGCAGUGUAUAGCACUAACAGCACGGUUUCAGUUCGUAUCUGGAGCAGAUGAGAAAGUGCUGCGCGUGUUUACUGCACCUAGAAAUUUCAUUGAGAACUUCAGCAGUAUUUCUGGAAUAUCUCUGGAGAAAUUAUAUUCUGGUCAAAUGGUGGAUCUUCCAGAAGGGGCUACCGUACCAGCCUUAGGUUUAUCCAAUAAGGCCAUCUUUGAAGCUGCAGAUACAAGAGCUCAAACAACUGAAGAAGAAAAUCUCAGUAAUUCUUCCAGACAGUACCGUGAAAAUUACUUUCAGCCAUGUAAUCUUUCAGAACCUCCCACAGAAGACCAUCUCUUGCAGAAUACACUGUGGCCUGAAACUCAAAAGUUAUAUGGACAUGGUUAUGAAAUUUUUUGUGUUGCCUGCAAUAAUUCAGGCACUGUGAUAGCCUCUGCAUGUAAGGCUUCUAAAAAAGAAUAUGCAGCCAUUAUUUUGUGGAGCACCACAACUUGGAAACAAUUGCAGAGCUUACCUUUCCACAAUCUGACAGUGACGCAGAUGUCUUUUUCCCCAAAUGAUAAAUUCUUGCUAGCAGUUUCAAGAGAUAGAAAUUGGUCACUUUGGAAAUCUAAUCAUAUCAACCCAAGAGACUCAGACCCAGUGUUCAGCCUCUUUGCAGCCACAGGAAAGAACAUUGCUGUGCAUAGUCGUAUCAUUUGGACCUGUGAUUGGACUCCAGAUAGCAAUUAUUUUAUUACUGGAAGCAGGGACAAAAAGGCUGUGAUCUGGGGUAAAUGUUUACCAGAGGAGAAUAAAGAUAAGGAUUUGGCCCUGAUCCAGCCUUGUUCACCAGUCCUGGAUGUUGGUGAUUCGGUUACUGCAAUUAGUGCUAGUCAUACACUUGCUUCUGAUGGGAGCUUCAUAAUUGCCAUUGGGACAGAAUGUGGGAGGAUUCAAUUGUAUAAAUGGAAGCCAGGCAAUAAAAAGUUGCCACUUUCCGAUUGGUGCAAGUGUGUUGAGACAGAUUACAGCCAAAGCCAUACCCUUACUGUCAAACGACUGCAGUGGAGAACGCUUGUGGGCAAAGCAGGGCAGGACACAGCCGAGAGCAGCAAGUGGCUGCAGCUGGUGAGCUGCGGGGCGGAUCACUGUGUGAAGAUCUUCAGUAUCAAUCGGCACAGCCUUUAAAGGACGACUUUGAGGCAGACAGACUCUACUUGCCUACCAGCCAUUUCCUGAACUGAUUUUCUUAAAAGAAGCAAAAAUUGGACUUCCAGCUCUUCGAGCAAUGCAAUCUGACACCAGUAUAAACUGAACUUACAUAUUGAAUCAGUUUGAGAAGUAAUAUGUGGGCAUAAUGGUUCUGUACAAACAAGUUUUUAUUGUAUACUUAGCAGUGGCCAUUUGUCAUAGAAGGCCCCUCUGAGCUAAAUCAGCUGUAAUCCAUAUACACUUAGAACAGAUAUCAAACUGGGAGAAAGAGAAUUAUGUUUCUUGCUACCCUCUCAUCUGUAAAAACACAAUCUGUAUUUCUGCUUAAACUUGUAGGAUGGUUGUUUUCGCAAUAGAGUGCAGGGACUCCAUUUUGAAGUUCAUUUUUGAGUCUUCCAGAAUUGGUUGAUGGGUGGUUGAGGUAAAGGUCCUUGUUUUUGCAGAAUACAGACUAGGGAAAUUUGGGAGUGGCACAGGGAGAAUUGGGGAGUGGAUGCUAGCAGAUUGCAACAUUUGUUUCGUUGGGUUGAAGUGGAAGGGAGAAGAAGCAGGAGAAUAAACACUGGUUCCUCCCAAGAAAUCAGAAAUGUGCAAGAAAGAAUAAGCGAUACGACACUGAACAGAGAUGCCUAUGGAAGGCAGAAAGAGGAUGAAGGUCCUUGGUUGCUGCUAGUGAUGGUGGCAGCACAGAUUUCUGAUACUGUAAAUGUCCUUAAAGACAUUUUGUUCACAAAGAAGAACAAAUGAUGGAAUAAGUAAAAGGCACAAAUGAGAAAUCCAGGUAAAACUGAUGUGCCUGGAAUGAAGAGGAUAGACCUGACUGGAAUUGGUACAGCAGGAACUUGAACUGAAAGGAGAAGCAAGCACUGCAGAGGACCCUCUACAGGUGGCUCCUGUCUGGCCAUCUAUGGCUGCUCUAAAGGACCAUCUGAAAAGGGAAACACGAGGAAAUUCGCAACACUCUACAGAAGAAGCGGGGAGGGCAGGAAUAAGGCCUUGCCUUAAAUCAGAAUAUAUGUGUUCCUUCAUCAAGGGGCCAUAGUGGGACCAGGGUACUGAAGGGGGAAAUCUUGAGAGUGUACAUUGGAUAAAGUGGAGGGCAGUUAGAUGAAUGUCAUAGCAAUUGGUUAACACAGGGGGUAUAUUGAAUGUAAGCUUAUUUGAGACAGUAUAGGAGGUUCUGGGAAACCUCAGGGUUUGUGGAAGCUGAGGAGCAAAUUUCCAAAGCCAGUUAGAAGGAGGUAAGAUGGAUGGGAGAUAUUCUGGUUGUUCCAAAAGGGGAGUACACAGUCUUUUAGGUCUUCUGCUUAGGUCCAAAACUUAAGAGGCCUGGUCCAUAGUAUAAUGGCCAAAACAUGGUUAAUUUAAAAUAAGCAAAUCCCUCUGGAGAUACAUUAUUUUAAUGAAGAUGAAUGGGGGGGGGGGGUUAAUAGAAAUUUUAUAAAACUAGUACAAUGAUAAGAAACUAAUGCCAAUUAAAAACAGUACAAGAAAGAAAGUAGAAGAAAAAGGUAAGAAUAUGGUGUAUAAAAAGAAAAGAAAUGUAAAAAGAAAUGACUUCCCUCUUCAUAUUUUCUUUAAAAAAGCAGCCAUUUGAUUCAGAGAAAAAUCCCAGUGGCCUGCAGGAAAGGAUUCAGAUGUUCUGAGAUUUCUCUUACUAUGGUAAAAGGCAGCGGUAUUCACUUUUUAUACACCAUUUUAAUCUCAAUCAUGGAAGAAAGCAGCUAGUAAUCUCUUUCUUGCCGACACUUGACUGCAUGAUUCUGGAGUUAGAAAUGAUUUAGUUGCCUUUCUAUUGUGCUGGGACAUUUUGUCCUUCUUAAAGAGAGUCUGGUCUGUGUUUAUUCUGAAAACCACGUUGAAAUUGUUGAAAUUGUUAAUUGUAGAAGGGGUACCUAAUUUGAUGUAGUGUAGGAUAAACAAGUACUGCAGUAGGAAUUCAGUCUAAAUUAUCUUUAGACUGCAACAAACUUAUUUGGCUCUAUGCUGGGCAUUUUCUGCAUAGAGCUGAAAAUUUGAUCAGCUUCAAAUACUUUUCUUUGGUGUAGCUGUUUCAGUAUUAUUUCCAUUGCAAAAAAAGGUAUGUUUUAAGAAUGGUUUCAUAUCAAACUAGAGGAAUAACUGUACUCACUGAAAGAUUUUUUCCCCCUCUUCAAACCUCGGGGCCUCUAGUUAAAUCUCUUCAUGCAGAGACCUUGGAGGUUUCCAGUCAAUCAAAUAGGUAGCACCUGGCCGGAAUUAUUAAGGUGUCAUUCUCUGCCAGGUUCUUUAUUAAACUGAUUAUAAAACAACAGGCUCCAUUUUUAUGAGUCUGUGUUUGAAAAAGGAAUAAAAGCAGGGGUAGGAUAUCAUAGCCAGUACGUCAGGCAAUUAAUUAGUAUGUUUCAAGGCCUUUGAUUUUUGUGCAGUACCCUGUUACAAAUUAUUGACUUGUUCAGUUUGUAUUUAGGAUCAGCAUUCCUAUUUAUUCAAUCUUUCUAGUUCCCAACUAUAAUAUGUGAUUAAGCAAAUGGCUCUUUCUAGUUUAGAACAAGCAAGAAAUAACUAUUAAAACUAUAAAAUGCUGAAGGAGAUUGGAUAAUAUAUACUCUUUAUGUCAGUACUGGAGAAAAUGAUCAGUAGUCCUUUCCAAUAAUUCUGCCAUAAACAUGCACUGGUACAGAAGCAUUUUGCAUUCUACAUAUAAUUUAAGAGUCCAUUUGUGUAUAAUUCAACUUUAUCAUUUAUCCAGAAAUUGGCUCGAUUCUCAACUAGACACUAGAGCUCAGAUUAAACCUUCCCCAGUAAUGACUUAAUAUUGAAUUAAUGGAACAAAAACCAUGUCCUCCAAAUUCCAACACCUUUCCUCUCUUAAGAGCUCUUAUUUUCCUUGUUCAAAAAGUAAAGGAGAUUUUACUCUGCUAGUUGUUGUUGACUUUAGGGGGCAGUGCUUGCCUCUGUUUCUUGUUCAGAGUGAUCUAAAUAUGAAUAGUGUUUAUAUCAAGUUCAUCACUUAGUGAGUUUCUUAUAUGAAGUAGCCAUAGAACAAAACAUAUUUUAAAAAACUAUGUGCAAGGAAGCAGUAAAAAUCUAUUUAUGAAACAGAGAUGGAUAUUGAAGCAACGAGAAGCUUUGAAAGGGAGCAUUUUUAGAGCCUUCACUGAUGUCACAACUAACAUCUGAAAUCCUAUAUGAGUGUUCUUUAAAUAGUCCUUUCUUUCAUCUUACAUUGGAAAUUUGAAAUGUUGAAUACAUAGCAGUGAAUGUUAUUAGAGCCUCGUGAAUCUUACUGAUAUAUAAAGGGAAUGUGACUGAACAAGUAAUACCAAACUUGAUAUUUCUUUUAUAUAUAAAAAGGCAUUCAAUAUGUGAAAAAGUAAUUGUCCCUCUGUUCAAUCAAGUCAACAACGACAAGCAGGACCUCUUGUUUUAAUAUUUUACUAAAAAUGUAGAUUUGCAUAUGUAUCAACCCUCUUGCAGGAGCUUCAUUUGUUUCCAGUUCGCUUCCAGGUUCAAUUCAAGGUAAUGGUUAUUAUCUUUAAGCCCUACAUGGUUUGGAUCCAGGGUUAUUUGAAGGACUGUCUUUUCAGUUACAUCUACCAACCCACUAGAGAGGGGAGAUAGGGUCUGUUACCACUGCUUCAUUAAGUAACUCUAACUAAUGCUGUGAUGGCAAGCCUUUUGGGUUUUGGAGGUCAAAAAUUCAGAAAGCACUUUGAUGGCUUGUCAUGAAACACCUCAGUUGAGACAAGAGGAUUCUCUGGAUUUCCUCUCCAGACACUCAUGUGGAAGUCGCGUGUGAGACCCUGCUUUCAUGAGGCCUC